CGAUCUAAAUGGGAGUUCGGUUAAUAAGUUCGAACGAUAAGAGCGCGCAGAUCUACGAUCUAAAUUGCAAAAUUGAGAUUUUUAAGGAUCGACCACGUCGCAUGUUCUCGCGACCGUUCGGAGGAUCGUUCUUGACGUUCAGUAUUCAGCAUGCGAAAUAGGUCGUAUAGAAAGAGAAUGAAUACUCGUGUAACGGAUGCAAAAGAUUAAAACUUCAAGGAAGUCAUCAUGCGGAUUUAGAACGUUUGAAUGGACAUGCGAGUGAAAUCCGAAGAAAGGGGCGUUAUGCGGAUUUAGGACGUCUUAGAAAAUAAGGCUGCCGAGAAAAAAACCGGGGAUAAAGUAGGGUGAUGAUGGUUGGAAAACAAGGGUUACCUCCUCUAAAUGCAGCGCGCGCGCGCACGCAAAUGUCCCAAUGUCUCUGAAUAAUGCGGCAGAGUUGGCGAGAUUUUGCAAAAUUCCGAUUCUAUACGUGUAACAAUGAAGAUCAUCUCGUGUUCUUCAUAGACGAGUCAGCAAGCGAAAAAAUGAGUCGAGGGGUUGAAAAGUGCGCUUUUGAAAGGGAAACCCGUACAGGCUUUAUCAAUAAAAGGUCUCUUUUAUUUACCCGCCGAAGCUAAGAGAAAAAAAAAGUAGGUCAUCAUCAUUAGGGAGUUGCUUUUGUUUUCGCUGCCAAGAGAUAAUCUCGCGCGCUGCCGUUUCACGAUAUUUACUCUCAGGCCUCAUCAUUUUUGCAGAUAACCGCUUCGCAAUAUCUAUCCGCAGACCCCGUCGUUUUUUUCCCCAGAUAAUCGUCUCGCGUGCCUGGUACUGUUUUUCCUGGCGGUGUUUUCCGUGACGGACGAAUGGACGCGGAACUGAUUCUUAUGUCAGUCCGUCGUCAUUCGGUGUUAUCAUCGCCGUCGCGCGACAGUUGGCGCGAUCGCGAACUGUCGCGAGAAAUUGUACGCGAAAACUAGCGAAUAGCUAAAUAACACUCGCGAGACAGGCGAUAACGCGCGCUAUGAAGGGAAUUUCGUUUGCAGAAAAGAGAGAGAAAGAGAGAGAGAGAAAGAGAGAGAGAGAGAGAAGGAACGAAGCGGCGAGGCGGACGAACGUCCGGAGACUGCGGCGAGGCGCUCGACGAAGAGCGACGGCGGCGACUCUCGAUCGGCCGCGGGAGGAGGUGGAGGAGAGCGACUCCGACGAAGAAGAUGUUCGGUAGGAUCAGAAGAGAGGAGGUCUUCUCCGGCAAUGGCUGAUCGCUGUGGCCGCGAUGCCCGCGGCAUUCGAGUCGUUCUGUCGCUCUAGGACGUGGACGUGGAGAACCAGCAGCCCAGCUUGCGCGAGGAGACAUCGUAUUCUCGCGACAGUCGGAUCCACCGGGAUCUACGCGCUCGUGAUCGCGAUCGUGACGUGGUGGGCGGACGCGGAGCGUGAACGAGGAUGAAGGGACAGUCCCUCGAGUCGCGGAACUAGGUGCGUUGUCGCGAGUGAGCCGCGAACGGUGUCGAGACGCGCGCGUUCAAUCGCAACGAGCUGCAGCGAGCAAGCACGGAAGAGCAUGCUUUGCUAAGUGAACGUACGCACGCACGCACGCACGCACGCACGCACGCAUGCACGCGUUCGACAGAGAGGAAGAGAGAAGGAGCCCGCGAAAGAGAAUCAAGUGGACGCGCGUCACUUCCGUAAACAGUCCAACGAGCGAGGGUUAGUGAACGUCGACGCGAGUGCCGCGACCGAGUGUAGAUCUUCAGUGGAAGUAGUUCGCGUAAGGUGCAUUUAAUCGAACCAAAGCUCCAUUGAAAGCUUCAUGCUGCGUCUCGAUGACGCUUGAGACUACUCGAGGUGAUCGUAGAAGAUAAUCCUUUGAUUUGUGAGGACACGGCGAACGCUCGCGAGAGAUACUCGCAAGAGAGUUCAUAUGCAGCAACGAAUUUCUAGAGGCAAGGGUGAGAAGUGAGAGCGAGGAGCGCGCCGACACCAUGUUCCGACUCGGACGCGAAGGAUCGAAUUGAUCGACAGGAGACAUUGCGAUCGACUUGGCGCCUGCGUUGGCCAAAUUCAGGCGAGCUUUCUAAAGGGUUGAACAGGUCCCUCGAUAUUGAUCGGACUUGACGGUUAAUCGUGCGAUAUGAGACAUGAGAUGCGACGUGAUCAUAUGACGGACGUCUGUCAGAGCGCUCAUCCCAGCCCGAUGCAGAUCAGGGCGGUCCCGAUCGGCCGCGACUCGUUGAACUUCAUUGUGACCUUGGCGGUACCGUGCGCGACCUUGGGUCCUGUGUGCCAGGUGACGCUCGCGUCGUAGCACGCGUCCGAAACGUGGAAAAGCCAUCGUUCUCGAAACAGCCCGAUUCGCCGGGGUUACAUCGGAGGGAAGCAGAGAGGCAAGAGGACGAGGAGGCGGAAGAGGAGGACGAGAAGAAGGAGGAGAAGAAGAAGAAGGCGGGGGAGGGCAGGCAGUACCAAGGAGGAGAAACGCUUCCUCCUCGGUGCGUCGGUGGUCGGACGAAGGGGGCGCGAGAACGUGUGUUUGUAAUUCGGCGUGGCUGCCUUCGAGGAUGAGCGACGGCGGUCAUGCUGUGUAAUUCGAAGGUGUACCACGCUACCGUCGCAUCGUGCACGAUCGUCGCCGUGGUGGUGGUCGUCGUCGUCGUCAUCGUUCUCGUCGUGGUCAAGCUGUUGAGACGCGGCAAAGUGCCAUCGCCGGAAAGAUGAGCUCCAUCGACUUCGACGAGGUGCUGGUACACGUGGGAGAGAAGGGCCGAUACCAGAACAUCAUGUACUACUUGUUGUGUAUACCCGCCACCCUGCCGGCCGCCUUCUUGGCGUUCUCGCAGGUGUUCGUGAGUGCCUCGCCGGAACACUGGUGCAGGAUACCGGAGCUGGAGAAUCUAACGGAUUUGUUGUCCUUGGAGGACAGAAAGGCUCUCUCGCUGCCAUUCUCGGUCAAGCCUGACGGCAGGAGAGUUUACUCGAAGUGUGAAAUGUACGACGUGAAUUAUACGGAGAUCAUCGACUCGUGGUUGCAACGUGUCAGUCUACAUAACGCCACUGAUGACAUCUCCAUGUCGACCACGUUUUCGUCAUUUCAUCCACCGAGUCGAUUGCCGUCGCCCCCGGUCAGUAACUCCAAUUGGUCGGUCAGCAAGUGUCGAUAUGGAUGGAACUAUGACAAUAAGGAUUACGAUAGCACCCUUGUGACCGAGCUAGAUCUAGUAUGUGACAACAGCUGGUGGCCUUCCACGUCGACCACGUUCUUUUACGUCGGUAGUCUGUUCGGGAACGUUGUGUUCGGAUGGAUCGCCGACAAAUGGGGCAGAAGGACGGCCUUCUUUUCUAUCCUGUUCCUCGAGGUGAUACUCUCCAUCGCCACGUGCUUCAGUCCGAACUACGUGAUUUACACGGUGCUGAGGACUGUGAAUGGUCUCUUUUUUCCUGCCAUUUACCAAAUACCUUUCAUACUGGCUCUCGAGCUGAUGGGACCGAGAUACCGAACAUUUGCCGGCAUGGUAAUUUGUAUGUUCUUCGCCUCUGCGAUGUCUCUUCUAGCGUUGCUGGGUUACUUGUUAAGGCACUGGUACACCCUAUCGUUAGCCACGUCGGUGCCGUUUGUUCUUCUCUUCAGUUAUUACUGGAUCAUCCCCGAGUCACCGCGGUGGCUUCUCAGUAAAAACAGAAUAGACGAGGCGGAGGUGAUUGUCCAACACAUGGCAAAAGUCAAUGGCAAGACAGUGCCUACAAAUUUUCUCAGGAAGAUGGAGGUGGAAAUAUUAAAGAGACAAGGGAUAUCGUGUAACGGUAGAAACACCAACGGGAGUAACAUCGAUGUGGAGGGCGAGAAUAGAUCGCCACCGACAUCCGCGACGCCCAUGGACCUGAUCACGAAUCCAAACAUUAGGAAAAAGUUUUUUAUUCUUGCCUUCGAUUGGGUGGCGAACGCGGUGGUGUACAACGGCCUAUCGUAUAAUGCAACCAAUCUGGGUGUCUCCGAUUAUCUGGCCUUCUUUAUCGGAGGCAUCGUAGAGAUUCCAUCUUAUGUUGUCACGUGGUACGCGAUGGAUCGAUUAGGUAGGCGAUGGGUAUUGUGUCUAACCAUGCUGUUGGGAGGAAUCGCUUGCGUGUCCUGCAUGUUCGUGCCCGAAGAUGCGGUCUGGGUGACGGUGUGUCUGGCGAUGAUCGGAAAAUUCGGCAUUGCCGCUUCCUUCGCUGUCUUCUACGUCUUUGUGGGAGAGCUACUGCCCACAGUACUGAGAUCCCAAGCGAUGGGCAUAGCCUCGUUCAUCGCUGGUAUCGGCCUUCUUACCUUUCCCUACAUCGUUCACUUAGCAGUCUAUUCGAGGGUCCUUCCACUGAUCGUGAUGGGAUCAUUGAGCGUCGCCGGUGCACUUACGUCCGUAUUCCUACCGGAGACGCUCAACAUUCACUUGCCACAAACGAUCGAAGAGGGUGAGCUCUUCGGGGCUGACUUCAAACUAUGGUCCUGCCCGACAAUACCGAGGAGAGGCAGGACCGAGUCCGUGCCACUGAGGUUUCUGGUGAACGGCAAACCGGGCAGUUGCCCGUCUACCUCGAAGGUCGCGACACAGGAAGCCGCGACUACGCCGGAGGGCGAAAAGCCAGCUGCCGUGCUGCCUUCGAAAGAAGAAGAAGGGGCGAAGAACUUAAGUACACCCAAAGAUGAAUCGACGGACGAGACUUUCGUCGAGACCGUCGUCGAGACCGGCGUCGAGCCGAAGACGUUCAGCGCGGUGGUGGAGGUGAACGUGAGCCGCCAGAAGUCGCAAUGA